CAAAUGCUGGUGUCUGCUUUCACUCUGGCUCAAUCCUCUGUCCCCCUGCUUCAAGAGUGUCAGGCCUUGCGAUACUUAGGGUAGAGUUUGUGACAUCACAUCCAAGUGACGACGCGCCAUUUCAAUAAGUUUGCGCAGUGAGAUCACGGGCAUGCCUUGUUUUGUCUCUCGUUCAAAGGGCUAGGUUGAUAAGCCUGCAUUAAUUAAAUAAAUAGUGAGUUAGCUAGCUAGCGCAUGUUCUCUCUUCCUUUUUUUUUUUUUUUUUUUUUCCCCCAACCCUCUUUAUUUGCCUCCCCAAGAGCGAAUUCACUUGCGCCGAGGGGGGUUCAAAAGAGCUGAGCACAUAUGAGUGCUGGAAUUGACCUCUUCGGAGUCCAUUCCAUGGCCUGGUCUGACAGCUUACCACUAUUUCAAUUUCAAAUUGAGUUUGACCGUUUCCUGUUGACAUCUACCUGCCAAGUUACCAGACAGCUCGCCGGUUCUCGUUUACCGGUUCUUGCCACAUCUCAUUGGCAGACUCCCCGAGAGAAAUCCAGAGCGAUCGGGCAAACCCUCUACGAUCCACCGGCCAGCAGAAAACUUUGGAAACUGGUUUGCAUGCGAUCACUGUUACGUGCGACGAUAGCGACGUUGGAAUACCUGACUACAUAUGCGAAAGCCUUUGGCGCAUGCAGAUGUCGCUGUUAUGGAUCAGAACUGCAGUGCUUCAUCACUGGUCCAAGCGCAGCAGCCAGCGAAAUUUUCCCGGUAUCGAUCGGUGAGAAGAGCUGCAGCUCCGGGCGUGCAGCGUUCUGGUUCGAGUGCGCCUCCUCCUCUGCCUGCCAAUCCGUCAAGCAAUUGUUCAAUUGCGAACUCUCAAAAUGAAUCGAUCAAGCGGAGCAUGUCUCGCUAUCGACAUGCGAAGCCUACCAGGAUCGUUACUUCAAUCCCUCCGCCGCCUCCACCGGGCCCGCUAUCGCAAAAUCGACAAUUUGCGGACAUAGAGAACUGGAUCGAUAAUACUAGGAUGAGCCAGGAGGCCUCGCAGUCUCAAGCGCAUUCUCCAGACCAAGGACAUGGAUUCACGGCUACAUCUUUCUACGAUGCGCCGAGGCAGACUCUCUCACAGCCAUCGAGCCCAAAGAUUGGAAAUUUCUCGCGAAUUUUAGGGAGGAGAUCCCUGGAUCGACAUCGCGAGAAUGAGGAAUCGUCUCCUCCAAUGUCUGCAGGAGCGACCCGUCCGUCAUAUUCAAGAGACAUUUACUCCAGCGGGGGUGAAGAUGAGGCGGAUUCCAAGCGGACUCGUGGAAGGCCUGAAAAUAUUCAUGUCCCGACAUCUCCUUUGCAACAUGAACAAAGACAGGACAGCGAAAUACCACCAGUAGACCUUCAGAGAAGUACUCGCGAAGAGCUCCUUGCAAAUGAAAGAGCAGCAGCGGUGCAUAACAGACCGAGUUCAGGCAAGAAGCUUGUGAAGGAAAAAGGCGGCCUUUUGUCCCGCAUCAAAGGCAUUGACACGAAUGGAUCUUCAAAGGCCCAACGGGAGGCUAGGGAGGAUUUGAAGAACUUAAUAUCAUCGCCCAAAUUGAUUGAUCCGAAGGAUCUCCAGAGCGGAUUCCCCGAUGACACGCCGGUUUCUGCGGUCAAUGCGGGAGAACGCAAGGUGUUGAUCGUCUGCAAUGACUCCUUCAUAAAUCUCCCAAUUACCCCGACUACCAAAGUUCAGGACCUUUUGUACUCCGCCGCAAAUUGCUUGAGCGAACAGAUCGACCCAAAAGCUGCGAUUCUGAUGGAGACUUUCAAGCAGCUCGGUAUAGAACGACCAUUGAGAAGAUACGAGUAUGUCCGGGAAGUUCUGAACUCCUGGGAUGAUGACACGCAGAAUCACCUAGAAGUCGUUACGGCUCCAAGCGAAGACGUGAGCGAAGGCCUCGACGUUCGAACUGCACCUCGAAAGCAACCAAAAGAUGCGACAUUCCACAUUUACCACUCCCAACGCCAGGGAAAAUGGGACAAGCGGUAUAUCACCAUCCGGUCUGAUGGACAAAUUCUCAUGGCGAAGAAACCGGGCGGAGAGUCAAUGAAUAUAUGCCACAUGUCCGAUUUCGAUAUUUACUGCCCUCAAAAGCGGGAUUAUCGGCGGAUAAAGCCGCCCAAGAAGCUGUGCUUCGUAGUCAAAAGUCAGCAAAAGGCAAGCAUGUUCCUUACGAGCGACAAUUUCGCUCACUACUUUUCCAUGAGUGGCUCGGACACCGGUUGUCAGUGGUAUAAUGCUGUGCAACAAUGGCGCAGUUGGUAUCUUGUGAGUGUCAUGGGCGAAGGUAGCUCGAACGGCAAACCUGAAACCCAUUCGAAUGCAAACAGAGCAUCCCAACCUAAUGCGAACCGGUACUCUAUGGAAUCUACUCCAUAUCAGCUUGGUUCGUUCAAGCCGUUAGUAGACCUGGAUGCGCUCGCGAAUGAAAUUGCUGCCAGACCAGUCACUCCUUCAGAUGAAAGCCCGCCAACAUCAAAGAAACGGUCAAGCUGGAUGGCUACUUCCAUGAACAAUCAUUCCAGUACGCCCUUAGCUUCAACUCCACCUUCACCAAAGAACACAAGCCGUGCUAGUGCCCAGAAGCGUGGACGUAGCCAAACAACAGCAACUCAGCGAGACCAGUCUACAGUUGGUGAACCUUUUGCGUCAACAGGCCUUUUGGGCCGCACUUACACCCAGCGUCAGAAUGCAAUGCGGGAACGUGAGAAGGAGCAGGCUGAACAGAAUGGUCCCUUCACCGCACAUGGUUUGCUAAAUAACCUAGAAACAUCCAUACGCCCUUCGGACCGUCCCGGACAAACCUCGGGCAAGCCUCCAAGCGGGGAAAACACCAUCAGUUCUCCCCCCGGCCGCCACCGUGCAAAGUCCAUUCAACAGCCUCAAAGGCCUCUUGUCGAUCUAACACCAACGUAUCAAGAGCCACCUCAUCACGCCCGCAAGGGUCGAGGCGUGGCUGCCCAACCUGGAACGCUCCUCGUCGAUAAUGCAACUGGACCGGAGCUCUGCCCGGGUGCAAUCGUCGUUCCCAGCGCCACCACCUGGCGCAAACCACAGCGGAGUGGAACAAUGACCUCGCAGGUGCCUGCACCAGAACAGUUCGCGCCCUCUUCACGUGGGCGGCAACGCUCAAACACGACACGUGCUACCGCACACCAUCUAGGUGCAGCCGCGUUGGGGACUUCGCCGCCACCUCCGGAAUCGCCAUUUAUAUCGACGGGUUUGCUCGCGCGGAACAAGUUGAGCCAUGGUCAAGGUUCUGCCCAAACAGGGCGUGGUGUCGCAACGGGAAGCAGGCAGACCAACGGUCGACCCCUCCUUGAUGUUUCUGAGCCAAAUCGAUUUACAGAGGGGAGUUUACUGCGAAAUGUUGAGCAUCUCGGCGCUGGAGUGGAUGGAUACGGACGCGCACCGGUGACUGAUAGAGAGAAGCGAGAGGAGCGGACUGUGCAUACUGGGGAAGGAUACUGAAUACAUGGCCUUUCUGGGUUUCCUUUUCCUUUUCUUUCUUUUUUUUUUUUCUUUUAUGGGACCAGGUUUUAUGAUGAUGAGGGACACAACGUGCGGUGGGAAUGGAGAGGAUCAAUGAUACCCCCUAGAUGAUAACGGCCGAUGAUGGCCUGGGACUUUGGGACGUUUUUACGAACACAUAUGGUCAAAUUUACCCUUUCGGGAUAACUUACAUAUCAAACGCUGAAUGAAUUGAUGGGUUUUUUGCCUUUUGACACACA